AUGACCGAUCAAAUGGAGGUGCGGACGCAAGGCCGCACCGGACCGCGACCCUGGUGCGGUCCGGCGCACGUUCGACUGUAUAGUAUAACGGGACAACUCACGAACGUAAUCUCCAGCGCCUUUGGCAACGCCUUCAGCUUCGGCCAAUCCGGAAGCUCUGCACCAGGCCCCAGCCAAUUAACAAGCUUCGCAGCACCCGACUCCAGCCAAUCAGGAGGCGUCACACCAGCAGAGCUGCCGCCUGCAGCACCAGAAACACAAAACGCACAGACAGGGAUUGAAGCUGAGAAGGGAAAACAGGAAAUCACUAUUGAAAGUCAUGAAACUGAAACUAUUCAAAAUGCUGAAACGGCAUUAACUGAAACUACUCUAAAUGCUGAAACGGCAUUAACUGAAACUACUCAAAAUGCUGAAACAGAAUUAACUGAAACUACUCAAAAUGCUGAAACAGAAUUAUCUGAAACUACUCAAAAUGCUGAAACAGAAUUAACUGAAACUACUGAAAAUGCUGAAACAGAAUUAACUGAAACUACUCAAAAUACUGAAGCUGAGAAAAAAGAAAGCGAAGCAUCGCUAGCCGAGGAAAAACACAGCGAAGCAUCGCUAGCCGAGGAAAAAGAGAGCGAAGCAUCGCUAACUGAGAAAAAAGAUGGAUAUCCGGAUCCGGAACAAGAAGCCCCACAGUCCAGAUUUGCGUGGUUCAAGUCAAAGAUAUUGGCAUUGGCCGGCCCAGUAAUCCCAUCAAUUACAAAUAGUAUAACGGGACAACUCACGAACGUAAUCUCCAGCGCCUUUGGCCACGCCUUCAGCUUCGGCCAAUCCGGAAGCUCUGCACCAGGCCCCAGCCAAUUAACAAGCUUCGCAGCACCCGACUCCAGCCAAUCAGGAGGCGUUACACCAGCAGAGCUGCCGCCUGCAGCACCAGAAACACAAAACGCACAGACAGGGAUUGAAGCUGAGAAGGGAAAAGAAGAAAUCACAAUUGAAAGCCAUGAAACUGAAAAUAUUCAAAAUGCUGAAACGGCAUUAACUGAAAAUACUCAAAAUGAUGAAACUGAAUUAACUGAAACUACUCAAAAUGCUGAAACUGAAACUACUCAACAUGCUGAAACUGAAUUAACUGAAACUACUCAAAAUGCUGAAACAGAAUUAACUGAAACUACUGAAAAUGCUGAAACAGAAUUAACUGAAACUACUGAAAAUGCUGAAACAGAAUUAACUGAAACUACUCAAAAUGCUGAAACAGAAUUAACUGAAACUACUCAAAAUGCUGAAACAGAAUUAACUGAAACUACUGAAAAUGCUGAAACAGAAUUAACUGAAAGUACGCAAAAUGCUGAAGCUGAGAAAAAAGAAAGCGAAGCGUCGCUAGCCGAGAAAAAAGAAAGCGAAGCGUCGCUAGCCGAGGAAAAAGAAAGCGAAGCAUCGCUAGCCGAGGAAAAAGAAAGCGAAGCAUCGCUAGCCGAGGAAAAAGAAAGCGAAGCAUCGCUAGCCGAGGAAAAAGAAAGCGAAGCAUCGCUAGCCGAGGAAAAAGAAAGCGAAGCAUCGCUAGCCGAGGAAAAUGAUAGCAAAGAAUCGCUAGCUGAGAAAAAAGAUGGCUAA